AUGUUCAACUUUGGUAAUAGGCCAGCGUCUACAGGGACGGCAGCGGCUGGCGGGGGCCUUUUUGGGCAGGGUCAGGCUGGUGGUAACACUGGUGGAUUGUUUGGACAAUCGAAUGCUGGUGGAAAUGGUAGUACAGGGGGCUUGUUUGGUCAAAACAAUACGAAUGCAUCGGGUACGGGUGGGUUUUUUGGACAAGGCAAUGCCAUGGGAGGUGGAAACACGGUGGGUGGAGGAAUGGGAUUGUUUGGGCAAGGUAAUAUGAACGCGGCUUCUGGGAUGAAGCUUGGAACUCAGAUCGGCGGGGGUGGAGUUGCCGCUAACAAUGCCAAUUCCGGAGGUCGAUUGUUUGGGAAUAUGAAUAAUUCGGGUUCGUCUGCCGGUGGCCUGUUUGGCUCGAAAGUUGGUGGAACAACUGGGGGGACCGGAUUGUUUGGUAGUUCCAAUGCAACUGGGGGGUUUCUUGAUGCCAAACCGUCGGGAAACAAUGCAUCACAAGGUCUGUUUGGUGGUGGCAGUGGUCUUUCCAACAACAACAACAACAACAACAACGCUGGUUCAUUAGGUGUCUCAGGUACUGGGCUAUUUUCCAAUUCCUCGAACACGGGUACAAUGGGAGGUCUGUUCGAAUCCCAGAACAAUGUGUUGGGUUUGCAGCAGCAGCAGCAAAACCAGGAUGCGACUUCGUCGCUAAACCUAAUAUCGCAGCUUCCCAUCACAUCGAUGACACGGAUAGUCGAUCUCCCACCACACAUCCGCCAAGAGAUCGAGAAACUGGACCAGUACUUCCAAAGACAGGUUUCAAUAUCGCACCAUCUCAAAGCUGAAGAGGCGGAACACCUAGAACUCAUCCAGUCUGUACCGCGUGACGUUCAGUUUCUUCUCAAGACCUACUCCCUUACAACGCAAUCUCUACAACAAGAUCUCAAAAGGAUCGAAUCUAUCAAGAGUCUGACAGACGACAACAUCCGUGACUCGGAGAGCUUUUCCCUCAUCCUAAACCAACUCCUCACCCCAGGCACAAAGGUAUCUUCCGCAGAGCUCAACAAAUUCUUCCAGGAAAAGAUCCUCCUCUACAAACAUAAACUCGAUGAGUAUUUCCGCGUUCUUUCUGACAUCAAAAGUGCUGUAAACGGCCUCGAUAGCGACAUGUUUGGCUCCUCCGAAAAUUCAUCCAGCGAAUUUAACGAUCUUGUCAAAACUGGAAUCAAUUCUAUCGUCGCGACGGUAAUUGAGGAGUUCGAACUCUUCAUGGAUAUGGCCGAACGGGUUGCCCAACUCCACCAGAGAGUUAAGGAGCUAAGUGGCUUCAAUAAAAAUACCAUUAUUUCUUCCUGA